AUCGCAUUCAAGAGAUUACUGAGUAAUUGACGCGGAAACCACGUCUUGACUUCAUCGGUAUUAGCAAUCAGUGCUGAGUAUUUUAUAUUGAACUAACAUUUACGAAGCUCAGUUCAGUCUCAUUCGGCCAGUGGAGCAUUGCGUUAGUUUGACACGGAAAAACGGAAGAACGCCGAUUAAUAACCCGAGAAAACUAUGAAGAAAAGGAGUGUUAUUAUACUGCAGAUUGCAUUGCACACAGUGCUCUCGGCCGCGUCCGUGCGUGCAUAUGCUGCUGAUUCUGCUGGUUCGUCCAAAUUGGAAGCGCGUGCUUUUUUCGAACGUGAAAAUGAGUUGCUGCGUCAACGUCGUCGCAAUGAGUUCCUCACCUCGUACGAAUACAACACAAAUGUAACAGAGGAAAAUCGCAAAGCAAUGAUUGCUGUAGCCACUGCAAAUGCAGCUGCAAAUAAGGAGAUGACACGCAAUGUCAUCGCAUCGGGAUAUAUUGAAUCACCCGAUGAGGAUAUCAGACGCCAAGCCACUAUACUGGGCGACUUAGGCAUAGAUGUAUUGCCUGAAUAUGACUAUAUGGAAUUGUUAAAUGCCGUCAGUUCAAUGCAGUCAAAUUACGCUACUACCACUGUAUGCCCAUAUAAUAAGGAGGGGAAUUGCACGCUACAAUUAGAGCCACACAUACAGGAGCGUCUUUCCAACAGUCGCGAUCCGAAGGAGUUGAAGCACUACUGGCGUGAGUGGUACAACAAAGCGGGUACGCCAAUGCGCGAGAAUUUCAAAAAAUAUAUUGAGCUGAGCCGCAAGGCAGCGCGUUUGAAUGGUUAUACCUCUUACGCUGACUAUUGGAUUCACUUCUAUGAAGACCCCGACUUCGAGACAAAUCUAGACAAAGUAUACAAAGCCAUACUGCCGCUCUAUCGUGAAAUACACGGCUAUGUUCGUUAUCGCCUGCGCGCCUUUUAUGGUGAUGAAAUAGUGCCGGAAAAUGGCAACAUACCCAUGCAUUUGUUGGGUAACAUGUGGGGUCAACAAUGGGAUAAUGCGCUGCCACUCUUCACGCCAUACCCAGAGAAGCCAUUUGUUGAUGUGACCGGCGAAUUGCAGCGUCAAAAUUACACUGUGCGUAAACUUUUCGAGCUCGGUGAUCAAUUUUUCCAAUCGCUCGGUAUGCGUGCGCUACCAAACAGCUUCUGGGACUUAAGUGUGCUGACACGUCCGGUCGAUCGCGAAAUAAUUUGCCACGCCUCGGCCUGGGACCUUUAUCAGGAUAGUGAUGUGCGCAUUAAAAUGUGCACCGAAGUCAAUACCCACUAUCUGUAUGUGGUGCAUCAUGAACUCGGCCACAUACAGUACUAUUUGCAAUAUGAAAACCAACCGACCGUUUUUCGUGGAGCACCCAAUCCCGGCUUCCACGAGGCUGUGGGUGAUGUUAUCGCGCUUUCAGUGUCCACACCUAAGCACCUUAAGACAAUUGGACUCUCGAAUGUAGACAAAUUGGAUGAAGAGAGUCGUAUUAAUGAAUUGUUUAAGAAUGCGCUUAAAAAAAUCGUAUUCCUCCCUUUUGCCUACACAAUGGACAAAUAUCGUUAUGCCGUCUUCCGUGGUGAGGUUGAAGAAUCCAAAUGGAAUUGUGCCUUCUGGCAAAUGCGUUCUGAGUUCUCUGGUGUUGAGCCGCCGAUUCGUCGCACAGAUGACGACUUUGAUCCACCAGCAAAAUAUCACAUCGACGCCGACGUUGAAUACUUGCGUUACUUUGCGGCGCAUAUAUUUCAAUUCCAAUUUCUUAAGGCCAUGUGCAUUAAAUCGGGGCAGUAUGUGAAAGGCGAUCCCGAGAAAACAUUGGACAAUUGUGACAUUUACAACAGCAAAGAAGCGGGCGCAGCUUUUGGCAAAUUCCUCUCACUUGGCACUUCCACACACUGGAAGAAGACGCUCAAAGAGUUUACUGGCGAAACUGAAAUGGAUCCCUCUGCGCUCAUGGAGUAUUUUGAACCACUCACCAAAUGGUUGCAGGCAGAAAAUCAACGUUUGAAAGUGCCAAUCGGCUGGGGUGAUUAAAUUCAAAAACAUAAUUUACUCAACAUGAAACUUAUUAUCGUAGCGCUUUUGGCCACAUUGGCGUUGCACAGCGUCCAGGCAAGUCCAACAGAUGAGAUUAGCGCCGCUGAAUACCUUACGAACCUCAACAAAGAGAUAGCACGUCGCACAAACCUCGAGACAGAAGCCUCCUGGGCAUAUGCCUCCAACAUUAAUGCAGAGAAUGAGCGCAAGAAGAACGAAAUCUCUGCCGAGGUGGCCAAAUUCCAGAAGCAAGUUGCACUUGAUAUACAAAAAUUCAAUUGGCAGACAUUUAAGUCGGAAGAUUUGCGUCGCCAAUUCAGAAUGCUCUCGAAAUUGGGCUACUCAGCGCUCAGCGAGUCUGAUUAUGCUGAAUACUUGGACGUGAUGUCUAUCAUGGAGUCGAAUUUCGCCAAAGUUCGUGUUUGUGAUUUCAAUAAUGCCACCAAAUGCGAUCUCUCGCUUGAUCCGGAAGUUGAGGACAUCAUUUCCAGCAGUCGCGAUCCCGAGGAGUUGAAAUACUAUUGGCGUGAAUUUUACGCAAAGGCCGGAACUGCUGUGCGCCCAUCCUUUGAAAAAUAUGUGGAACUGAAUACCAAGGCAGCCAAGUUGAAUAAUUUCACCUCUGGCGCUGAAUUGUGGCUGGACGAGUAUGAAGACGAAACCAUUGAGAAGCAACUUGAGGAUAUUUUCGACGAAUUGCGUCCACUCUAUCAACAAGUACAUGGCUAUGUGCGCUAUCGUCUGCGUCAAUUCUAUGGCGAUGAAAUUGUAUCUGAGAAGGGGCCCAUCCCAAUGCAUCUGCUAGGCAAUAUGUGGGCUCAACAGUGGUCGAGCGUUGCUGAUAUUAUCGCACCCUUCCCCGAGAAACCGCUUAUUGAUGUCACCAAUGAGAUGGUUGCACAAGGCUACACGCCGUUGAAAAUGUUCCAGUUGGGUGACGAUUUCUUCCAAUCGAUGAACUUAACCAAGUUGCCACAAGAUUUCUGGGAUAAGAGUAUUUUGGUGAAGCCAGACGAUGGUCGCGACUUGAUUUGCCAUGCCAGCGCCUGGGACUUCUUUGUGGUGGAUGAUGUGCGCAUCAAGCAAUGUACGCGUGUGACGAUGGACCAAUUUUUCACGGUGCACCACGAAUUGGGCCACAUUCAAUACUUCCUGCAAUACCAACAUUUGCCCUUCCUCUAUCGCAACGGCGCUAAUCCUGGUUUCCAUGAAGCAGUUGGAGAUGUGCUCUCACUCUCGGUGUCCACACCCAAGCAUUUGGAGCUUGUUGGUCUGUUGAAGAACUAUAAACGCGACGAAGAGGCGCGCAUCAAUCAACUCUUCUUGGCUGCUUUGGAUAAGAUUGUUUUCCUGCCCUUUGCCUUCACCAUGGAUAAAUACCGGUGGGCAUUGUUCCGUGGUGAAGUGGAUAAAAAGGAAUGGAACUGCGCUUUCUGGAAGUUGCGUGAGGAGUACUCUGGCAUUGAGCCACCGGUCGUACGCACUGAAAACGAUUUUGAUGCACCAGCUAAAUAUCACGUGUCCGCCGAUGUGGAGUACCUAAGAUAUUUGGUUUCGUUCAUCAUUCAAUUCCAAUUUUACAAAUCUGCUUGCAUCAAAGCUGGCCAGUACGAUCCCACUAACCCAGAACUGCCUUUGGACAACUGUGAUAUCUACGGCAGUUUUGAAGCGGGUCAAGCUUUUAAAAACAUGCUUUCCUUGGGCGCCUCAAAACCAUGGCCCGAUGCAUUGGAGGCCUUCAAUGGUGAACGCACGAUGAGCGGCAAAGCUAUAGCAGAAUACUUCGAACCACUUCGCGAGUGGCUGGAAGCUGAAAAUAAGAAGAAUAACGUCCACAUUGGCUGGUCAUCGUCGGACAAAUGUGUUUCUUCGUGAGCUCGGCUCGUUCCCCUGAUGAGUCAAAGCGAAUAACUGCAUGCUGGCAUUGAGUUUGAAGUCUAUUAAAUAAAAAAUUUGAAUUCCUUAAAAAAUUUGUAAACUUUUUCCGAUAAAAAAUUCAGUAUUAAAAAUUAAUGCAUAAA